ACCUGGGUGCCGGGUGCCCAUCGGAGGUUUUGCAGCUUCUCUGGCCUCAUGGGUCCUCCCGCAGAGCAGGAGCCAGGCCCGCACGGCCUCCUCACUGGGACGCCUAAGCGGCGCUCACGCCCAGGUGUCAGUGCAGAUGGGGUAUGAGAGCCAGAGGCCGGGCAGGGCACCGUGCCGCCACCUGCCCGCCCACUUUUCCGGUGCUCAAGGUGUGCCUCGGGGACCCGCGCUCAGCUGCAGUGGCCUCAGGUCCCCCCGACGGCAGCGGCUUCUGCGGGGCUGUGCCUCCUGCAUUACAGCCUUGGAUUCAGGAGCUCUGAGCCCGCCGUGGGAGUGCGGUGUCCCUGCCCUGCGCGGGAAGGACUGUGGGUGGAGCCCAGAGCAGGGACCACGUCUCUGGGUGGGGACAGGGUGACUUCAUAUGGGGUAGAUGUCCUAGUGAGUUGGACGCCAGACUCGUGGGAAGACCUGGUGCUAGGUGCCUCCCUGUUUUUCUGUGGCAACCUGCAGGUGCUUCCUCUGGUGACCUUCGGGUCCGGCCCACGCUCUUCCCAGUGACGCUGCGGCCCAGGGUGGGGUGCUUGGAGUGUGUAGGCCCGCAGGGCGAGGGCAGCCACUGGAGCUCCGAAGCUUCAAGGUUUGUCUUCUGCCGCUGACCCCGUCACUGCAGCUGGUCAUGCCCACAGCGCUGUGCCCCCGAGUCUUGGCUCCGAAGGAGAGCGAAGAACCCCGGAAGAUGAAGAGCCCCCCAGGGGAGGACCCCGGCCCUCGGGCCGAGCUGCCCAGCCCGGAGUCCUCCCGCCGCCUCUUCCGCCGCUUUCGCUACCAAGAGGCGGCGGGGCCGCGCGAGGCGCUGCGCCGCCUGUGCGAGCUGUGCCGGGGCUGGCUGCGGCUGGAGCGGCGCAGCAAGGAGCAGAUCCUGGAGCUGCUAGUGCUCGAGCAGUUCCUGGCCAUCCUGCCUCGAGAGGUGCAGAGCUGGGUGCGGGCGCAGGAGCCAGAGAGCGGCGAACAGGCAGUGGCCGCGGUGGAGGCGCUGGAGCGCGAGCCGGGCCGGCCCUGGCAGUGGCUCAAGCACUGUGAGGACCCCGUGGUGAUUGAGGAUGGGGAGCAGGAGCAGGAGCAGCUGCAGGCGGAACCGCACAGGGACCUUGCUGGGGGCCCGGACACCGAGCCCGUGGCCCUGGCUCAGAGCCCGGGGCUCCCAAGCAGACCUCCAGGCCAGCUCAGUGGGGACGCAGUCCUGCAGGACAUGCCCGUUUUCCAGGAAGAGAGUAUGCGGGGUGCCCCACAGGUGACCGCCCUUCAGCUGCCUCCGAGCCGGGCUUCUCCCUUCAAGGACAUGAUCCUGUGCUUCUCUGAAGAGGACUGGUCCCUCCUGGACCCCGGCCAGACUGGCUUCUAUGGAGAGUUCAUCAUUGGGGAGGACUGCGGAGUCUCCGUGACCCCAACAGAUCACCCAGCCGCCCUGCCAGGCCCCUUCCAGGGAGAGGAGAGCGAGCUGCUGCCGGAGCUACUGGAGCUACAGGGGAAGGAAGCGCCCCAGGCCUCCCUCACUGACCUCCCAGCCCUCCAGCUGUUCGAGGUGGAAGAAAGAAGGAAACGGGAUGAGCUGCAGGUGCUGGAGUCCCAGGCCUUCCAGCAAACGGCGCUCCCUCCAAGCACCCACCCAGCUGGAGGUGGCCCACAGGUCCUGGAGAAUGGCCUGGAGGAGGAGGAGGAGGAGGUGACCAUCGAGAUCGUGUUGUCCAGCUCUGGGGACGAGGACUCCCAGCACAGCCCCCAUGGGCCGCAGCCCUGCCGGGGCAGUGAGGAGACGGUGGGCAAGGUGCCCACCUCCAGGAAGGCCUACGUGUGCCCUGUGUGUGGCAAGGCCUUCCGCUGGAGGGUCAACUUUGUACGGCACCUGCGUAGCCGCCGGGACCGGGAGAAGCCACGCGUGUGCCCUGUGUGUGGGGAGCUGUUCAGCGAAGGCGAGGACCUGGAUGGCCACCUGGAGGCCCAUGAGGCCCAGAAGCCCUACAGGUGCAGCUCCUGCGGGAGGAGCUUCCGCCUCAACUCCCACCUGCUCUCCCACCGGCGGAUCCACCGGCAGCCCAGCAGACUGGAGCCGGAGAAGCAGAGCGAGGAGGGACUGGGCUUCCAGUGCCGGGAGCCCCUGGCCCGGCACCGCGGCGACACACACCAAAAGGAUGCCAUGCGGCCCUUCCAGUGCCGCUACUGCGUCAAGAGCUUUGGGCAGAACUCGGACCUCCUCCGCCACGAGCGUGUGCACAUGAAGAGGCGCUCCAAGCAGGCCCUAAACUCCUACUGAGGGCUACCGCUCAGCCCCACACUCCUCCUGCCGCCUGCACCCGGGCCGUGUCCAACCCCACCUGCUGCCAUGGUAUCCCCACCAGCGCUUGUUCCAUCUCAGAGGCCCCUGCACACGGUUGCCCCAGCUGGUAGAGGGCUGGUCUCCAUCCUGGGACCACUGGGUCACCAACCAGUCCUCAGCACUAACCCUCCCAUGUUGCCCUGAGCACGGACCCCAGGGUCCAGGCUGGCUGCUGUCCCUGAACAGGUUGGGUGGGGAGUGGACCUGGUGCACAGCACAUCCUGUCUCCAAGGCAGCUGAAAGGCUGAUGAUGGGGGUGAGGUGGGGAGUCCUAUGGUGGGAGCUCCAGGGUGCUCAGGGCUGGGAAACUGCCAUGGUUCCUUUGGAUGUGUGUGGGGGAGUAGGGCUCCCCAGGAAGGCAAAGCUCUCCUUUUUAACUAUUGUGCACCUAUCCCAGAAUGCCCCUUUCUCUAACCGGUUGCCCUUGGUAAACAUUUGAGUUGGAAGCUGAACUGUGGUCAUUUGAAAGGCACUUCAAUCCCUCCUUGCCCUCUGUCUUGUCCAGGAGCUGAACCCCCAGUGGGCAUUGGCCUGGGGGCGCCUGGCUUCAGCAACGUAACUCAGUGGGCUCUGCACCUUGGAUGGCUUGGUGCAGCAGGAAUGUCAGUUAUAAUUCCCAAGGCUGCAGGUCUGGGGGCAACCUGUUGGCCAGGCUGGACCCUCCUGGGGGGCUGUAGGGGAGAUUCGCCCCAGCUUCCAGGGUCUUCCUGGCAGGUAUGGCUGUUCCUGGCUGUGGUGCUCUGUGAGUCUGUCUCCUGGUUUCCCUUCUCAGAGAGAUGUAAGUCACUGUUCUCAUAUGAACUUGUCUACACUGCAGUCACAGGGCACAGGUGCAGGGCACACAUCCGCCCACACCUGCACUGCUGCCCUCCCUCCUGAGCCUGUUGGAGUGGGAUUCAGACUGUAGGGCCUGCCUCCUGGGCUGGCAUCCCCUGCAGGGGACUGUGGGCCAGGCAUGGCCAGCCACGGGCAGUGAGGCUGAGCACCAGGAGCUGGUGCUGCUGCUCCUGGGAGGCAGCUGUGUCAGCUCCACUCCAGUGAGAAGGACUGGGGGCUGUGCAGCUGAGCUGGGGUGCCGGGAUCAGGCGGGUGUCCUGUGUCAGGGCUACCGCUGGGCAGCGGGCUGGGUGGAGGUGGCCAGUGCUCCAUGUCACCCCUGUCACUUCACACCAAGAGGCCUCUACCACAGACCCAAUCAGUUACACGGCUUUGUAGCCACAGGGACUGCUGGGUAGAUAGACCCACUGGCCUAGGAGCAGGAAGCAUGGUCCAACCCUGCGGUCAGACCUCAGAGAACUGGCGAGGCCCUUGGUUUCUAGUCAGCCGGGAUGGGGACGCCCCCAUGCAGAAGUGGGGCCCUCUGUGACGUCCACCCUGUGACACCCGGCCUGGCCUGUGUGUGCCCAGCACAUCCUUGGCCUCAGGAAGGUCAUUUCCCCUGGGGCUGCGGACACUUGGCUGGGAGAGGAGCCCUGAGCUCUCCAGUGAGUGUCUUGCCUGCAAGUCGGGCUUUGUGAUGGACUGGAGCCCAGAGGAGGCAGUCCCACCCCCCAGGUACUGUCAGGGCGCCCAGCUGUGAUUCACAGCCAGGUACCUGGUGGCAGGAAGACCGCGGCCUGUGUCUGGAGAGCCUGCAGGGCCGGGGCACGGCCAGGGGCUUCUCUGAGAGAAGCUGCGGCCCCCAGCCCACCAGGCCCGAGGGUGCUGGAGCAGAAGUAUCUGCCUUCCCUUGGCCACUGGCAUUUCUGGCCUCAGCUGAGGUGGGUAAAAUAUACAAGGUAUUUGUGAGGCAGCUGAAGAAGUGCCUGUAGACAGAUUAUUUAGGGGGGGGGGGGGGUUCUUUGUAAUGUAACAAGUAAAGUCACAGCAGGCAACACCAGCAUCCACGUGGGAAACCUGGGUGCAGUCCCAUCCUCCUGGCUUUGGCCGGGCCCAGCCCUGGCUUUUGUGGCUAUCUGGGGAGUAAACCAAUGGAUGGAAGAUCUCUUUCCCUCUCUCUGUAACUUUCAAGCAAAUAAAGUAAACCUUAAAAAUAAAAAGCAGCAAUGUGUUUAUUUUUUAAAGAUUGAUUUAUUUACUCAAAAGUCAGAGUUACAGAGAGAGAGAGAGGUCUUACAUCCUCUGGUUCACUCCCCAAUUGUCCUCAAUGGCUGGAGCUGCACCGAUCCAAAGCCAGGAGCUUCCUCCGGGUCUCCACGUGGGUGCAGGGGCACAGGACUUGGGCCAUAGCAGAGAGCUGGACCGGAAGUGGAGCAGCCAGGAAUCGAAACCAACACACAUAUG